GCACACAGACUGAGGAUAAUCGCAGGUGGAGAGGCCGGGCUGACAAUCUGCCAUCUAGACAGACGAUAGAAGCAGGUGUCGAGGGGUGGCUGAGCAAGCGUUUAACUCGCUGCUUUCGUUUAUAAACAAUCCUACUGGAUCGAGAUCGUUGUUUUGAUUUCAAAAAUUAAAUUUGAUGCUUCUCUCCAUGAUCCACAAUGCGGUCCUCGGCUCGGUUCGUCGCCCGAUGCGCUCUCAUCCUCUACACACUCUUCUUCAUUGACGGAUCCAAAGGACAGCGGCAGUGUACGGAGACUGACUAUUAUUAUGAGUACACAGAGUGUGACAGCACAGGAUCUCGGUGGAGAGUGGCCAUCCCGCAGAAUCCCGGGUCCUGCACCGGACUACCACAACCCGUGAGGGGCACAGAGUGCACCUUCUCAUGCAGAGCUGGGGAGUUCCUGGAGAUGUCUGCUCAGGAGUGCACCCAGUGCGCAGCAGGAAGCUACUCCCUUGGCAGCGGUAUCCGCUUUGACCAAUGGGAUACCAUGCCUGCUGGAUUCAGAAGCAUGGCAACUUCUCUGGGGAACGAUCCCAAAAGAGAUGCCCAGCCUACCUGCAACAGUUCUUCCUGGGUGCCUCAAGGAAACUAUCUUGAGUCCAAUAGGGACGAGUGUACAGUUUCUCUUAUUUAUGCUGUUCACUUGAAAAAGCAGGGCUCUGUCAGCUUUGAGUAUCAGUAUCCUGAUAAAAGUCUGCUGUUUGAAUUCUUUAUUCAGAAUGACCAGUGUCAGGAGAUGGAUCAGUCAACUGAUACAAAGUGGCUCCAGCUCACCAAUCAUGGAGAAUGGGGAACCCACACAGUGAACUUGAAAUCUGGCACCAACAUCUUGUACUGGAGGACAGGAGGUGUUGUUAUGAGGUCCAGUGUUGUAAAGCCUGUCCUGCUGAAAAAUAUUCAAAUUGAAGGUGUUGCAUACACAUCGGAGUGUUUUCCUUGUAAGCCAGGGAGCUUCAGUCGCAUUCCGGGCUCCUCAACAUGUGAAUCCUGCCCUCGGGACACCUACUCUGGCCACGGAGCCAGUUCAUGCACCCCAUGCAACACGACCACUGAGUAUGCAGAGGAAGGAUCAUCUACACAGGUCAUAUAUAAGUGGAUUGAGCCCAAGAUCUGUCUAGAGGGCAUCUCUGGAGCAGAAGCGCUGCCUGAGAGUGGCGAACAGGAGGAAUGCCCUCCCUGUAACCCUGGUUUCUAUAACAACGACACGGCCACCUGCUCCCCUUGUCCAACCGGGACAUACUCUGACGGACUGAAACCAUGCCAUCAGUGUCCAGCUGGUACUGAGCCCAUCCUGGGUUAUGAGUAUAAAUGGUGGAAUGUUCUUCCGUCUAACAUGAAGACCUCCUGUUUCAAUGUUGGCAACACUAAAUGUGACCGUAUGAAUGGUUGGGAAGCAGCAAGAGAUCAUAUUCACAGUGGAGCAGGCAGCUCUGAUAAUGAUUAUCUCAUCCUUAACAUCCAUGUUCCCGGCUUUAAGCUACCCACAUCAGUGUCGAGCCAGUCAGUGACAGAAUUUGGUCGCAUCACAUUUGAAUUUGAAACUUCGUGCAUGGGUGAUUGUGAGUUCUACUUCAUGAUGGAUAUCAAUCGGAAGAGCACUACAGUUGUGCAGUCAUGGGAGAAAACACAAAAAAGACAAACCUACACACACACCAUGUCAAAAAAUGCAGCGGUUUCCUACACAUGGGCUUUCCAGAGGACAAACCAACCUUCAGACGUACGUUGGUAUGUCAAUGACGUGGCGCGCAUCUUCUCCAUCACUGUGACUAACGCGGUUGAUGGUGUGUCCUCCAGCUGCAGGGCUUGUGCCCUCAGCACCCAGCCCUCCAGCUCAGCAUGUGUGCCCUGCCCACCUGGACAUUACAUAGACACACUCACCAGCAAGUGCUUAGAGUGUCCUCGCAACAGUUACCUCGAGCCGCACGCAACGCCGGGUUCUGACGCCUGUAAAGCCUGUGGGCCAGCUAGCCGGAGCGAUAAGGACCACAGACUGUGUUAUAGUGACUGCCACUUUACCCACACAGAGGGCAAUGUCACGCUAACUUUUGACUUCAGUCCCCUUGGCUCAGCAGGAUCGCUCAUGAAUGGUCCAAAGUUUACUUCCAAGGGAACCAAGUAUUUCCACAUGUUCAACAUUAGUCUGUGUGGAGGACAGGAUCGCAUGGCGGUGUGCACAGACAACACUACGGACAUGUCAGUUUCCAGCUCCCAGAGCGAGAAAGCCGAGGGAUCCAGCUAUGUGAAGACCUUCAUCUGUCAGUCAACAAUAAUCCCAGCAAGUAGACAAGGAUUCCACGCUGCGCUCUCUUCGCAGUCCAUUAACCUGGCUGACACCUUUCUUGGUGCAACUGUAGAUGAUAAUCUUGAAGGAAUAAAAGCAAGACCAGACUUGUUUCCUCAGACGUCUAAGAAAGUGCCUGAUAUUAACUUCUUCUUCAGAUCUUUUGAGGGAACCUCAUCUUGUGAAUCGGGUCGGAGUACAGUGGUGACUCUUCGCUGUAAUCCCGAUAUGAGCACUAAAGGAGUGCUGUCUGUUCCGAGUCAGUGCCCUGAAGGAACAUGUGAUGGCUGCACCUUUCAUUUCUUUUGGGAGAGCUCAGGGGCUUGUCCUACAUGCACAGUGAGAGACUAUCAUCUGAUAGAGGGAGUCUGCAAAGGAGGACAACAGGACAUGCUGUAUGUGUGGACUGAGCCGAAGCUGUGUAUAGGUGGCGUAACCUUGCCUGAUAAGAAAACUGUGCCAUGUCAGAGUAUGGAGUUCUGGGUUCAUCUUGGAGCGGGGACGGGGAUUUUCACUGCUGUGUUGCUCGUUUGCCUCACUUGCUACUUUUGGAAGAAGAAUAAACGGUUGGAGUACAAAUACUCCCGGCUGGUUAUGUCUGCCAACAAGGAGUGUGAGAUGCCGGUUGCUGACAGCUGUGCUGUGAUGGAGGGAGAGAAUGAAGGAGAUAUGGAUGAUGAAGUUGUGUAUACCAAACCUUCACUGCUUGGCAAACUCAAAGCUAUAACGUCCAAGGGAAAUGGAGAGCGGUAUGAAAAUGUGCAGCUGAACUCAUCCCACUCAAAAGCAUUGGUCUGGAGUUAGAGCUGUGUGAAUGGAAGCUAAAAUGAGGGAACACACUUCAAACUGGGUGGCCCUCUUUAAAACUGUCCCUGUUAUAAGCUUUGGUACCUGGAAUACAACCUGUGUGUACAAAUGCACAGAUGAAAAAAUUACAUUCUUCAUGUAAAGCCAGGUUCAAAAAAGUCACACCAUCAUGGUGGCCUUAUUACUUGGUACAACAACAGAGCCAUAGUACUGUGACACAGGUGUGUAAGACACUUGUAGCAAUUUCUGGCUCAAAGUUUAAUUGAAAAAUGUGUUUUGGAGAGCUCAGGGUAAUACGAGGACCUAUGAGAGUUCUUGUUCAGUUUUAUGUAUAUUUAUUUAGUUAUUUGUAAUGGGUUUUUUUGAUUGUGGAGAUUCUGAUGUCAAGACACACAAUGACUGUUGUAUGUUUCCAUAUCCCAUAGAUGCGCUCACAUUAAUUUGCUUCAGUCUAGAAUAAUGACUUGUCAUUUUGUUUGUUUGGUUUAUUGAUUAUUUUGCUUUGUAGAGAGAUAAGAUAACGGACUGAAAAUGAACAUGCUAUAUAAAGCUGUUGAGAUUGUGCUUUAAAUAAAAGACAUAUUUAUGUAGAAA